CUGUAAAAAAGAGGCAGAGAUUCUUUUAAAGACAAAGCACAAACGAAUCGUUCAAUUUCAUGGUUAUCAGAGGAAAACAGAUACAUUUUUCAUUUUUUUGGAGUUUAUUAAAAAUGGAACCCUUGCAUCUUUUAUCUGUCUAAAAGGCAAUCUUAAUGAAACGUUGACUCGAGAUUUUACGUUUCAAAUUUUGGAGGGUGUCGAUUACCUUCAUCAAAAACGCAUACUGCAUAGGGAUAUAAAAGGUAACAACAUCUUAAUGGUAGACGACAUGAACAUAAAGUUAACUGAUUUUGGAAUUUCUGAAUAUAUUGAUGAGGAGGGAGUGGCAACAGAGAUAGGAACAGUACGAUAUAUGGCUCCAGAAGUGAUUUACACGGAAGGCGGCAAGAUAAUAAAAUACACCAGCAGGGCUGAUAUUUGGAGUGUUGGCUGCACUGUUAUAGAGAUGUUGACAGGAAAACCACCCAACUCCUCCUUGAUUUCAGCGCAAGCCCUGUUUAGAACAUCGAUGGGGGAGCUUCGUUACCAACUUCCUCCAACAUCAUCAGUUUACUUAAGAGAAUUUUUAGACAAGGUUUUACACAGAGAAGCAAAAGAAAGACCAACAGCCGACUGGCUGUUGAAAAACGAUACGUUUAUUCUUGGACUCCAAAGUAGAAAUGGUGAUGAGGUUCUUUAAAUGAAGAAAAGGCGGUUUGAAUUGUACUGGAAUAUUUAUAUUGCCGUUCAUCAUGGAAUUUCAUUUUGUAGUUUGAAAAUCCCGAUAGGCCACGAUAAUUUGCUUAUUUGUUUGCGUUUAUUACAUUAAUUCAUGUCAACGGUGAUAUUCGAGCUGGUAUGUAAGCGGAAAGACUGGGAUCCACGUGACAUGUUUAUUUCGUGUCACAAAAGAAGUUUGGCAUAUAAAAGGCAUUGGAUGUGUAAAGUUGGCUGUACGAUGAGAGAUGUCCCUAAACUAACACGAAUAUUAUUGAGAUUGUUUGUUGGACAAAU